AUGACAACCCAUGUGUUAAACAUUGUCGGCUCAACGAUUGAAGAAUUGAUCGAAAGGUAUGUCGAGCUGUAUUGGAUAAUGGUGAGUUUGAAGAUUACCAAGACAAAUGAGGAAUGGGUUAACAAACUGGAAAAUGCUUUACCGGGUGAUGAAUGGAGAACGUAUCUGUCAGAUUGGAAGACGAGAUACUUAGAAGUGACUUUGGGUGAGUUUAUCGAGAAGAUUAAAGAACGAGAACUUGAACUACAAAAGAUUAGAAGUGAAGCAACUGAUGAAGAAAAAUGUAAAUCUGAUGAAAAUGUUCGAGAGGUAGAAGAACAGGUUAAAGAAAUUUCAGCGAUCAAGCUUGAGAAGAGAGCUGAGGAUGUAAAGAUGACCGAGAAGUGUUCAAGAUACACAAAUGAGUUGCAAACUGAGUUUUGUCGAAUGAAAGAAUGUCUAACUGAAGAGCAGUCGAACGUUUUUAAUGAAAUUAUGCAUGCACUCGAUAGCCAAACUAGAGGGUUGUUUUUUGUAUAUGGUUAUGGUGGAACUGGGAAGACUUUUUUGUGGAAGACAUUGGCUUCUGCAAUUAGAUCUAAAGGGCAGAUUGUUUUGAAUGUUGCUUCGAGUGGUAUUGCUUCGUUAUUACUAUCUAAAGGAAGGACAACACAUUCUAGGUUUAAAAUCCCCAUAAACUUGACAGAAGACUCCAUGUGCCACAUUAAGCCAAACGUUGAUGUUGCUAACCUACUAAAAGAGGCAAAGUUGAUUAUAUGGGACGAAGCCCCUAUGGUCCACAAGCAUGCUUUUGAGGCACUAGAUCGAACAAUGAAAGACGUUUUAUCUUCUUCUAUGGGUAACCAUUCUGAACUACUAUUUGGGGGUAAAGUUAUUGUUUUUGGUGGGGACUUUAGACAGAUCCUCCUGGUCAUUCCUGAUGUUGGAGCUCAAACAUCUAACAUUGAGUCUAUUGAGAAAUUUGUAAGAUGGCUACUUGAUAUUGGUGAAGGAAAUGUUGGUUCAGAAAAUGAUGGUGAAGCACUUAUAGAGAUACCGGAAGACUUAGCAAUCACCGAUUCGGACGAUCCAAUACAAAGUUUAAUCGACUUUGUUUAUCCUUCAAUUUUAGAAAAUUACAAAAAUCAUGGAUUCUUUUCUGAGAGAGCUAUUUUAGCACCAAAAAAUGAAGUUGUUCAUGAAAUUAAUGAUCGUUUACUUUCGUUAUUUCCGGGUGAAGAAAAAGAGUAUUUGAGCUCUGACAGUAUCUGUCAAACUGAGCAAGUACUUGAUUCUUUCCAACAAGAUCUGUAUUCUACUGAUAAUUUGAAUGCUCUUAAAAUAGUCGGUUUACCUAAUCAUAGGUUGGUUCUAAAAGUUGGUGUUCCUGUAAUGCUUCUUCGAAACAUUGAUCAACAAAAUGGUCUAUGUAAUGGAAUUAGACUUCAAAUAACCUUUCUCGGUAAACGAGUUAUUGAAGCUGAAGUAAUAUCAGGCGGUAAUAUUGGCACUAGAGUUUAUAUUCCAAGGAUUUCAAUGAUUCCUUCUGACAAGAAGAUACCUUUUCAAUUUCAAAGAAAGAAAUUUCCGUUAUCAGUAUGUUUUGCUAUGACGAUUAACAAAAGUCAAGGGCAGUCUUUAUCCAAAGUUGGGCUAUAUUUAAAGGAUCCAGUUUUUAGUCUUGGCCAGUUGCACGUCGCUUUAUCGAGAGUGAAGACAAGAGAAGGUGUCAAAAUUUUAGCGUUUGAUGCUGAUGGUAAACCUUCGAAGCAGACAUCAAACAUGGUUUACAAGGAGAUAUUUUGUAACUUGUGA